GUAUGUCAGGAAAGAACUAGGCUGGUGGGUCUGGAGACCGGCGAUUAAAAUAAUAAUAAUAAUAAUAUAGGAUUUGAUAAAAAGAGACGGACAUGUCUGAGCGAGUCGCGUCAUGUGGGAACCUGUAUGAUACAAACACCCUUCUGCUUCGAUAUUGCAACGAUGAUAACUUAUCAACCGGGAGUGGGAUGGAGAUGGAUGACCGUCUGUCUCACCUGGAGCAGAGGGUGCAGUUGCAAGAGGAUGAGAUUCAGCUCCUGAAGGCGGCGCUGGCAGAUGCUCUAAGACGAUUGGGCUGCUGUGAGGAGAACACCAGCAAGAAAGGGGGACCCACUAAAGUUCGGCAGAUAUUGCAAGCUCUGCCAUCCAAGCCUCUUGCCAAUGGCUAUGUACAGACAAAACGCUUGAGUGGCUAUCCUUCCUCUCCCUCCUCUCCUAAGAAGGAGGUGUUGAUGUCUAUCAAAAGGAAGAGCAUGUCCACAGAGCGUCUGUCCACGGUGAAGAAGGAGAUGCCUGACUCCCGCAGCAGAACCACCUCAUCUAGCAGCUCAACCUGCGGAAAGAGAGACAGCAAAACCAAAGAGUGUACCCUUAAUGCUGAUGAUGGUUAUGUGAGGAUGUUCUUACGAGGACGUCCAAUUACCAUGCAUAUUCCACACCAGCUGAGGGACAGCUACAGCCUUGAACACAAGGUGGCACUGCCAGAACGCAAGCUGAAGCUUCAAUGGGUGUAUGGCUAUAGGGGCAGAGACUGCCGUUCUAACCUCUACUUGCUGCCGACGGGAGAGAUUGUGUACUUCAAUGCUUCUGUGGUGGUGCUCUACAAUGUAGAGGAGCAGCAACAACGACACUAUCUGGGCCAUAAUGAUGAUGUCAAGUGUUUGGCCAUUCAUCCAGACAUGGUCACCAUAGCAACAGGACAAGUUGCUGGAACAUCCAAAGAUGGCAAACCUUUGCAGCCUCACAUCCGUGUCUGGGACUCUGUCAGUUUGAACACCCUCCAUUCAAUCGGAAUGGGUGUAUUUGACCGUGCUGUCACCUGUGUUGCCUUCUCCAAGUCUAAUGGUGGUGCUCAUUUGUGUGCAGUUGACGAUGCAAAUGACCACAUUUUGUCUGUUUGGGACUGGCAGAAAGAAAAACAACUUGCGGAGGUUAAGUGUUCCAAUGAUUCUGUGCUUGGUGUUGUCUUCCACCCUAUGGAGGCCAACCUGAUUGUCACCUGUGGGAAAUCUCACCUCAACUUUUGGAUGGUGGAAGGGAACAUUCUGACAAAGCGCACGGGACUUUUUGAGAAACAUGAAAAACCCAAGUACGUACUGUGUGUUGCUUUCGCUGAGAACGGAGAUGCAAUCACUGGGGAUUCUAGUGGAAACAUUUAUAUCUGGGCUAAAGGUGGUAACAGGAUCAGCCAGGUAGUUUCGGGAGCCCAUGAAGGUGGGAUCUUCUCCCUAUGUUUGCUGAAGGAUGGAACACUGGUAUCUGGUGGAGGAAAAGACCGCAAAGUGUUGCUCUGGGACCAUGAUUACCGUAAAAAGAGUGAGAUUGAGGUUUCUGAGGCAUUUGGCCCCAUCCGCACUUUAGCAGAGGGAAAACAAGAUGAGCUGUUUGUGGGAACAACCCGGAACGCUAUUCUACGGGGCUCUUUCUCUGGUUCCCUCACUCCUAUUGUUCAGGGUCACACAGAUGAGUUGUGGGGUCUAGACGUGCAUCCCAGUACUGAGCAGUUUGUGACAUGUGGUCAAGACAAGCAGGUCUGUCUUUGGGACACCGGCUCCCAUUUGCCUCUGUGGAGCAAGAACAUUGAGGACCCUGGUCGUUCUGUUGGCUUUCAUCCCAGUGGCACUGUGCUUGCUGUGGGCACCAUGACAGGAAGGUGGUUGGUGCUGGACACUGACACGAAUGAUCUAGUCUCUAUGCAUACAGAUGGCAAUGAAAUCAUCUCAGCUGUUAAAUAUUCUCCAGAUGGAGCAUAUCUGGCUGUUGGUUCCCAUGACAACUUUGUUUACAUCUAUUCUGUUACUGAGAAUGGCAGGAAAUACAGCCGUGUUGGCAAAUGCACUGGACACUCCAGUUUUGUCACUCACCUCGACUGGUCCGCCGACAGCCAGUUUAUUGUAACCAACUCAGCCGACUAUGAGAUCUUAUUCUGGGAAGCGUCCAGUGGGAAGCAUAUAACUAAUACAGAGUCCGUGCGUAACCUAGAGUGGGCCACCUCCACCUGUGUGCUGGGUUUCAAUGUUUUUGGCAUCUGGCCAGAUGGUGCUGAUGGUACAGACAUUAAUGCUGUUUGCAGGUCACAUGACAACAACCUCCUUGCCUCAGCUGACGAUUUUGGCAAAGUGCACUUGUUCUCUAACCCCUGUUCCCAGCCAAGGGCCCCCAGCCAUUCCUAUGGUGGUCAUAGCAGCCAUGUGACCAACGUUGCCUUUCUCCAUGAUGACAGUCAUCUAAUCUCUACUGGUGGGAAGGACACCAGUGUUCUUCAGUGGGUGCUCGCUUAGUCAUGUCUGAGCUAUCCAGGUGCAACAACGCUGAAGAUUCCUGCCCACUAGAGGGCAGCACUGCUGUGCCUAAUUCUCUAUAUUACUUUCCUGUUUGCCUGUGCUGUGUAGUAUGUUAUUGUUUUUUUUUCCAUGAACUGCUGGCAUGGGGCCAGUUUUGUCUUUGUCAAGUUGUAAUUACCAUAAUGGUUUGAGAGGUGGAAGCUGAGCUUCAAAGAUUGCUAAUGGGCAACCUCUUAUCUAAAGUGAAAUGUGCAUUUCACAGAAGCACCACUAGAAGGAGAACUGGUGCAGGAAAAUAAGCAUGUUCUUAGCUCUUGACACUAUUUAAGACUACUUAAAGUGUUUUAGCUGCUAUUUGUGUUGCUGAAUCCUAUAGAAAUUAUUUACUGCUGCAGCUUAGUAGAAGUUGUAUUUUAAUAUUGGAAUAACAUAAUGUUGUGGCACUUAGCUUUUGACGCAUAUCUAGGGGUGAACUUAAGCUGUGCUUUGCCUUUUAUUUGUUAUUUAAAUUUCUCAUAUAGCUAUGUCUUUGUUCCCAAAGAUAUGUCAUUGAAUUCUAGUAACACAUUUUCACAUUUGCAACUGACAAUAAAGUUGAACAACUUUGCAUGACAUACUAGGACAAAGUACACUGAAAUUGACACUUUUUCUUUUUGAAAGCACCGUAUAAAAUGCAAAUAAUAAAGGACAGGUAUAUUCGUGGUCGGCCUAUAUGGAUUUUCCAAUGGCAAAUAACGAAAUAUAUGAAAACAAGUUCAUAUAAUUUUUUUUACAUAAAGAUAAAUCUGCCCAAGUUUCAGCAAGGCUGGAAUCUUGCAGAUUCAUCUUUGUGUUGGAUGCAUGAAUCUAGCCAAUAUCAACGUUAUCCUGGAAGAAUACUUGCUUCCUUCUGCUCUGACAAUGUUCCCCAACUCUUGAGGAUUGUUUUUUUCCAGCAGGACAAUGCUCCAUGCCACACAACUAGGUCAAUCAAGGUGUGGAUGCAGGACCAUCAAAACCCUGUCAUGGCCAGCCCAAUCUCAAGACCUGAAACCCAUUAAAAAAAAAAACUCUGGAAUGUGAUCAAGAGGAAGAUGGAUGGAUACAAGCCAUCAAACAAAGCCGAGCUGCUUGAAUUUUUGGCUAGGAGUGACAUAAAGUCACCCAACAGCAAUGUGAAAGACUUGGAGAGAGCAUGCCAAGAUGCAGGAAAGCUGUGAUUGAAAAUCAGGGUUAUUCCACCAAAUAUUGAUUUCUGAACUCUUCCUAAGUUAAAACAUUAGUAUUGUGUUGUUUAAAAAUGAAUAUGAACUUCUUUUCUUUGCAUUAAUCAAGGUCUGAAAAGCAUCUUUUGUUAUUUUGACCAGUUGUCAUUUUCUGCAAAUAAAUGCUCUA